AUGAAUCUUUCAGGUCUACAGAACCUGAAUCUAUCUACAAACAAAUUGGAUGGACAUAUCCCUUGGAAUAUUGGCAAGUUAAGCUCACUAGAAUCACUUGACUUGUCUGAAAAUGAACUUUCUGGCUCUAUUCCAUUCAGCAUUUCUGAUUUGAACUUUUUAAGUCACUUGAAUUUGUCAUUCAAUUACUUAUCUGGACGAAUUCCAACGGGAAACCAACUUCAGACUUUGGAUGACAAAUCCAUCUACAUCGGCAACGAUGGACUUUGUGGACCUUCAUUGAAUAACUGUUCAAAUGAUGCAGAUGAAUUGCCUAAAGGUCAUGAAAAAGGUAGCACUACGAGGAAAGAUGACUCUGAAAUGGUUUGGUUCUACAGUGGUAUGGGAAUGGGAUUUGCGGCUGGAUUUGUUGGAGUUUGUAGCAUCUUGUACUUCAACGAGUCAUGGAGGUGUGCUUGGUUUGGGUUAGUUGACAGAGUCUACAACAAGCUUUGGGUAACAAUUGCAAUCAAGGCAAAUCAAGUGAAGAGAAAGUUUCUCAGAAACAAAUUAGAAGGAAAUGCAUGAGAAGGUUAGUUCUUUCUAUUUAAUCACUCAUAAUUCAUGGAUGCUUUAUUAAUGUUGUUAGAGAUGCAAAUUGACAGAAAUUUCAAUUACAUGAUCAUAAUGCUUUCUAUGUUAAUUGUUGAUGAU